ACUGCGAUCAAAAACAAAAUGGCGACGCCCAGUAAAGUCCGAAAAACCAAAUCAAAAUCCGUUUCUAGCCCGAUCGUUACGAAGAAAAAACCUGUGCUCGUUACAAAAGGAGAAGGCAGUGUGAUUCAUGUUGAAGGUGAAUCUGUUUCAAGUGCCAUUUUCGAUGAAGAGUCUAGGGACAGUAUGGUUUCCAUGACAACACAAAAAACACACUGCUUCAAAAACCCUAGCUUUGUGCACUCUAGCAUUGGGGCUUCUGGGACCAAGAAGACACGAGCAUGGAAGAACCUGAAACAGAUUGUAUCGGCUGAGAGGGCCUUGCCAUAUGGUCCUGAUGACACCACUUAUGGAUUAAUAGAUGCUCCACCAUCAUUCAAGCCUGCAGUAAAAUACUCAGACAUUUCCGGACUGGAAUCAACCUAUACAGAUCCACAGACAAAAUUGCGAUUCUCCAAUACAGAUGAGUAUUCCAGGAUAAAAAUGAUGCCUGGUGACCUUGUUACCGGAUGUCUGACGUUGCGACGAGCAAAUAUUCCUGUCUGACAACUGGGAUGUCGAUUAUUUUUAAUUGAAGCGUUGAUUCUAUUACGGAAUGUCUGACAUUGAGAAGAGCAAAUAUUCCUACAUGUAUGUGAAACUGUGAUGUCGAUUCAUUUACCGGAUGUUUCACAUUGCGACGAGCAAAUAUUCUUGUGUGACAAUUGUGAUGUCGAUUCUGUUACCGGAUAUUUCACAUUGCGAUGAGCAAAUAUUCCUGUACGACAUCUGUGAUUUUGAUGUCGAGUCAUGAUUCUGUUACGGGAUGCCUGACAUUGAAACCAGCAGAUAUUGUGUGAGGACUGGAGUGUCGAUUGUUGUGGACAAGUGGAAAGACAAGACAGCUAGUUUGUUGACUUCAGUUACGACAAGCCAUCAUUCUUCUUUUGAGGAUUUGACUGUCCAGUUUCUGUUGCCAAAUAAAACAAUAACAGACAA